AGGAAAUGAUGCAGAAAAGUAUGACAACUGGUAAAGCAGGUUGGUCCACAGGUGGAAGUUUGGUAUAUAUACUGUAAACCGUAAGCAAAGAAAGUUUAUUCGGGUAGGUGGAAGAACGUGAAGGCAUUGACAUGAAGUUGGGGCUACUGGUGGUGUUGGCAGUGGCGGUUCUGGUGCCGAGCCUCUCCGAGGGCCGGAUCGUCUCCAGAUGUGAGCUGAGAGAAAUGCUUAGGGAGACAAUCACCCUGCCCCGACGUCUUCAAAAGAUGAAGGACAAAAUCCUGGCAUCAGUUAUAUGUGAGGCGUAUAGGAGGUCCCGCCUGGACACCGGCCUGGUCAAAGUGUACGGCAAACGCAGAACUACAACGACAGCAACGCCAACAACUGUGGUCACAGCUCCCUCAUCAACAACGACCGAGCGAAUGACAACUGAACCAUCGACCGAUCCGACUGCUGAACCAUCGACCAAACCGACUACUGAACAGUCGACCAAACCGUCUACUGAACCAUCGACCAAACCGACUAUUGAACCAUCGACCAAACCGUCUACUGAACCAUCAACCAAACCGUCUACUGAACCAUCGACCAAACCGACUAUUGAACAAUCGACCAAACCGUCUAUUGAACCAUCGACCAAACCGUCUGCUAAACCAUCGACCAAACCGUCUGCUAAACCAUCGACCAAACCGUCUGCUAAACCAUCGACCAAACCGUCUGCUAAACCAUCGACCAAACCGUCUACUAAACCAUCGACCAAACCGUCUGCUAAACCAUUGACCAAACCGUCUACUGAACCAUUGACCAAACCAACUACGGAACCAACGACCGAACCGACUACUGAAACAACGACCACCGAGCCGACGACCACCGAAACUGGCAACGUCAGACGAAAACGUAAGGCGGACACAACCAGCGAGGAUUCUGACUCGACAGAGAGAGACAGGAAGCUGAAGGAACUGCUGAACAAGGUGUCGCAGGAAGACGAGGGCGGGGUGACGCAGGAUGACAACAGUAUGGACGAAGAGAGCGACGAGAGCGAUGAGAGUGAUGAGAGUGAUGAGAGUGUUGAGAGUGAUGAGAGUGAUGAGAGUGAUGAGAGUGAUGAGAGUGUUGAGAGUGAUGAAAGUGGGGUGAUGCAGGAUGACGACAUAACAGGCUAUGAGGACGAAGAGAGCAAUGAGGGCGGGGUGACACAGGAUGACAACAUGAUGGGCUAUGAGGAUGAAGAGAGUAAUGAGAGCGAUGAGGCUGAAGAGAGCAAUGAGGGCGGGGUGACACAGGAUGACAACAUGAUGGGCUAUGAGGAUGAAGAGAGUAAUGAGAGCGAUGAGGAUGAAAAGAGCGAUGAGGGUGGGGUGAUGCAGGUUGACGACAUAACAGGUGAUGAGGACGAAGAGAGCGAUGAGGGCGGGGUGAUGCAGGAUGACGGCAUUAUAGGCGAUGAGGACGAAGAGAGCGAUGAGGGGGCCAGCGAAAAGGAAGACGAGGAAGAAGAGGUUGAGGAAGAUGGGAAACGUAAGAAGCGUUCCUUCCGUCACUGGAAGCCUAAAAGGAAGAUGAGGCCGUGGUCUGUCGGUUUUUACGGGCUCUUCCAGCUGUCUGACGCGUCCUUCUGUGAUUCAGGUUAUCGCAGGUCCAAAAACAGGUGCCACACAGACUGCAGAGCCUUCACCGAUGACAACAUAAUGGAUGACAUUGAUUGCAUUGUGAGGACUGGUUACUGGCGGCGCAUCCAGAAGAAAUGCCGCCGUGUGAACGCCGCUGAGUACUUCGCUGAGUGUCAUGACUUAAGCGGUCAACCUUUUCUCACAUGAUUGGUGAUCUAUGACAAUAAUAAAGUGAAGCAUGUUGCACUUGUUGUGUUUUUGUAUCUAUCAUCCAAAAAUAAAAUACGGCAUUGUGGAAAAAAGUGUCACAAUUUCUAGCCCACUGAUGAAGGAAUUUCCCCCAAAAUGUGCACGUCAAUAAAGAUGAUUGAAAGACUUUAAAUUGUAUUGUUAAAUUAAAGAAAGUAUUACAAUUUCUGUUACUUACUAUACAUGUGAAGACUCCUAUGUAAAGCAGCUGUAAGGGACUGUGCAAAAAUUAACGGUGUGGGGAGGGGGCGUUGAAGCUUGUAUUUCAUUUUAUAAAAAAAAAAGACUCAUUGGAUCUUCCCAUCUGACUUAAAAAACAAAAA